UGCAUUUGGACUCGGAGCAGCAGGUUCGAAUGGGCUGGACUACUUAAUUCUAGCAUGGAGCUAUAAACCCAUGAGCUUCUUGGAUUCGUCUUGGGUGAAAGUACAAGAGAUUGACAACAUGUUCAGUGUGAAGAAGUCCGAGGUCCUGUCUCCCCAGUGGCUGGAGAGUGUGGUGACUGCGGCUGGGGUGCUGACCAUUGCGCUCUCCGAAGCGGACGAAUUAAUUGGAGCAAUGCUGACCACAGUAUUUUUGGUAGGAUUUCUUAUCCAAGAGAUGGCAAAAGAACGGGAGGUACCACUGUUUAGAAAAAUACAUUUCAGACCGCACAGCAAUUCCGGGCUAUUGCUAGGCAACCUUCUCACCCCCAUGGUAACGGCAUCCGCACUUCUGCGGGUCGACGCUCCGCAAGUAAACCAGUAUGUGGCAGCAGUCCUUUUCCUAUGUGCAGUGGUACCAGUGGCCGUGCUUCUGUGUGCAGUCAAGAAUUUCAGACUCUCUGGUGUUUCGAAGCAACGUUUUGCACACCAGCUUUGGGUCAUUCCCGUCUUCGGACUUCUUGUGUGGUCAUCGUGGUCAGAACACCAGUUAUUGUCCCUUGUCGCUUUGGCCGUGACAGCCUAUUUCUUCCUGACGCGGUUGCUGUAUUUCCUACCCAAGAGUUUCACAUUGGGUGAGGUAGUCCUCAUCUCCGAGGCCUUGACGCUACUCACACUACAAGCUGCUUUCUCACUGACGGAAGGGGUUGGGAGUCUACUCGCUUGCUUACAGGUUUUGGUUCUAGGAUGUGUAGUCAUUGCUAUAGCCAUUUAUCCAGUCGCAACAAGAUUACAGACUUUGUCACAUGGUCAGCGUACCAGCUGCAAACCAUCAAAGCAAGCCAACAUAGCGUACUUGAAGCUGUCAGCAUAUUUCUACCUGUGCCUUGCAGCAGCCGUCGUUCUCGUCCUUCUUCCCUGGCUUGGAUACUUGCUUGGACGUGGCCCGCUCCGCUGGGGCAUACUCUUUGUGAUUGCGACCAAAACAAGAAUUCUGUUGUUCUGUCUGUGGGUGCUUCUCGUCAUGGGAGCAGUGGGCGUAGUCACGCUGUGGGGGUCCUCAUCUACCGUCGUCAGAAAGUACUUCCACCUCUUGGCUGUGUGUAUUUACGUCCCUGGUAUCCUUUACGAUGUGCACUUACUUCAUCUAGCAUCGGCGGGAACCCUUUUCAUCUUUAUUGUUUUGGAGUUCCUAAGGAUUUUCCGCGUGUGGCCCAUCGGUGACAUUCUACACGAUGCCUUCCAGGUGUUCACAGAUGCUCAGGACUGUGGGGUGGCCAUUCUGACACACAUCUACUUACUGCUUGGAAUGGCCUUACCUGUCUGGCUGUACAUGGAGUCCCCACACAGUCAAUUUGGGACCUCGUUGGCCAUUUACAGCGGUGUUCUGUCCCUGGGCGUUGGUGACACGGCUGCAUCUGUUGUAGGUUCCCUAUACGGCAAGAUCAGAUGGCCAGGUAGUAAGAAGACUGUGGAGGGGACAUGUGCGGCCAUCUUGUCUCAACUGCUCGCCUGUCGUCUGCUCUUCUACCUGGACCCAAGCCUCUCUGCUCAUCCCCUAGGAUGGUCUGGCGUCCUAUGGGUGGUUAGCUUAACCUCCGUCUUAGAGGCCGUGACCACGCAGAUAGAUAACCUAGUCUUGCCGCUAUUCAUGUACUCCCUGUUGCUGAGUUUAUGAUAAAGAUUGUGGCCGAUGAUUUUUAUGCCAAAGACUAUGGCUAUGUCCAAAUUACAUGACUGUGGCUUCCUAUGGCUAUGGCUUCCAUAUUUACGCAUGCACCUAUGGAAGCGGCUGAGAGCCACUUCGCAUUGAUGUGUGUGAUACAGCCAGCCAUAGUCAUGUACAUUGAGGGACAGCCUCUGGAUAGUACGGGUGCUUAUUGCUUAUAUAUUUAACCACGGUAAACACAUUUGCAGUUUCUGUCCAAUUAUCUGACGGCCAAGAUCAAAGAAGUUAAACAUGUGAUUUCCCUAAGUUAUGUCAAUUUUAAUAAGUGGGAGGUAGUUAAAUAUCUUAUCUGUCAAUGGAAAAUUGUGUACAGAAUUUUUUCAAAAGUUUUUACCUGGAACCUUUGAAUAAACAAAACUUAGUUAAAAAUACUGUUAUGUUAAGGAAAAGCUUUCAAAAUAUUUUCAAAAGUUUUCACUAAUCAAAUAUUUUUAUACUUGAAUCAUAAUAUUUUUACUCUAUUUUUAUACUUUUUAACAAGUGUGUCUCUUGGGAAAAAAGAAAUGUAUACGUAAUUACAGUAGAAUAAAACCGAGUUGGUUUUUCGAAGGAAGAAUGCAUGUUUA